UCCGGGUCUGGAAACUCUCGUAUAUUUAAUGUAAAGAGCAUUCAUUUCUGAAGCCCGGGCAAGUGUCUACGUGCAUCCGCGGGGAUCUCACAGAAUGGAGGUCUCACAGAAGCCCGUCUUGUUCAUGCUCAUCAUUGUAGGACUUGCAAACAUCUGCAGCUCACAUCAACCAAUGUUUGAGAGUCUACGGUUUGAAAUGGACACAUUUUCUGAAAGAAUGAAAGGUGCGUUUGAGAAAUUCGCUGAAGGGUUGGAUUAUUUCAAUUCCAAACUGGAGGAUAUCAACAGCGGCUUAAACACUUCCCUCGACCAACUUCAAGACAAAACAGGCGAAAUUGAAGAUAAACUCAACACUGGACUCAAUAUUUCCCACGCUCACGUCAAAGAAGCGGAGCGACUCACUGACAUGCGUUUCGCAAGAGUAGAGGGUGAAAUGCAUGGUAUGCAGAAGGACGCCGCCACAGUGCAAGCCGGGAUUAGCAGAACACAAGAAACAAGUGAAGCCAUUGCGGAUGCCAUUGGGGAAAUAAAACAUGAUUACGAAGAUUUCAAGAGGAGGACCUCCACAUUAUGGAAUGUUCAGGCCAGCGUGAUGUCAGUCCUAGAACAGGUUGACAUCAACAAGGAGGAACUGUCCACUAAGAUCACCAAUGUGUCCAAGGAUCUGACUGUUGUGGUCAAGUACGCAGUGCGCCCCCUCCACACAGCCAUGUUAAACGUUGUCGAAGAAAUAGCAAUACUCAAAGAGAAACUUAAUUCUAUAGGUAUCCAAAACGAUUGCCCCCUUCACUGGAAGAGGUUUCGAAACUCGUGUUUUUUGCAUGUGACUGAACCCUCCUCGUGGAAAAUAGCAAAGUUUAUGUGUAAAGAGAUGAACGCUUUCCUGGUUGAAAUCUAUUCACAAGAAGAGGCCGAGUUUGUGUCAAACAUACCAGGAAACGAUACAUCAGAGAUAUGGACUGGUGCCAAAAUUGGACGGAAGGGAACGUGGUUUUGGGAAGGAAGUAAAAGCGAAGUGUCUUUUGAUGUAUUCGGAGGUCGCCACCUGAGCGGGCGAGGCAGGAAGUAUUGCGGCUUUCUCCUCCCCGAAACGCGUUCCCUUGAUGACAAAAACUGUGGACGGGAACUUGGAUAUAUUUGCAGAAUGUUCAAAAUCAAAAACUGAUUUCUUAAUCAGCCUACACCUAUCAUUAAUAAUUUCAUUGUACAUGUUCCUCUCCUAGACUCAAUUUUCGAAACAGAGUUGCGUCCCUUUGAUGUGCCAGAAACCGAUGAUCUUGGUUUCCAAUCCGAUUCGGCCUGAUUACAUUUCUAUGUAUGUUCGUGGGUUUCCCCAAAGUGAGAAACACCACUUCGGGCUUUCCACCUAAAUCAAGCUGACAAACCAUGACAUAAAACUGUUCAAAGCGGCGUUAAACUCAAUUCAUUCACCCAUUCACGCACGCACAUUUGCCACAAACAUACACAUUUUACACAUCAUAUAUCUCGCUGCUUUAAAUAAUUUAAACACGUUAUGAGGGUAAAUAUAUUCCCGAUGACAUAUUACGUUGAACACACUGAACAAAAUGCUUACACAAAACCCU